AUGACAGACGAAAGUGUUCAACCGACACAAUCCGCUACAAAACAGGAAUCUGCUGCUUUGAAACAAACAGGCGAUGAGCAGCAAGAAUCUCAACAACAGCAACAGCGUGGCUACAAUAAUUAUAAUAAUGGCAGCAACUAUACUCAAAAGAAGCCCUACAAUGGUAAUAGGCCUCAUCAGCAAAGAGGUGGUAAAUUCGGUCCAAAUAGAUAUAACAGCCGUGGUAACUACAAUGGUGGCGGUAGUUAUAGAGGCGGUCAUGUAGGAGCUAAUGGUUCAAGUGCACCAUGGACUGGUUACUACAAUAACUACCCUGUUUAUUAUCAACCACAACAAAUGGCAAAUUCUAAUGCUGUCCCCGUCAAUGUUGCUCCUGUCGAUGAGAAGUCUUCUCCUUCUCCAUCUAAGAUAGAAAUCACUACCAAGUCUGGUGAACACCUAGAUUUAAAAGAGCAGCAUAAAGCUAAGUUACAAUCUCAGGAAAGAUCUAGCACGACUCCGCAAUUAAACUCGAAUUCCGAGAAAACUUCUGAUUCUACUUCUACUCCAACGCCUACCCCUGUCGUUACUGAUUCUAAAGUAAGUUCUGAAGAAAACAUUUCAGAAGCUGAGAAGACUAGAAGAAACUUUAUCGAACAAGUCAAACUUCGUAAAGCUGCUUUAGAAAAGAAGAGAAAAGAGCAACUUGAAGGCGCCAGUAGCAACAAUAAUAUUCCAACGGAAACUACAUCAGAAAAGGCCGAAGGAAAAGAAUCUGCCAAAUCUGAUGUAACUGAAGAAACCAAACCUACUGAAGAAAAAACUGCUGAACCAGAAAUUAAGCAAGAAGGUGAACAAGAAGAAAAAGGCCAACUAAAUGAAGAAUCUACUCCAAAGGUGUUAACUUUUGCUGAACGUUUGAAGUUGAAGAAGCAACAAAAAGAACAAGAAGAAAAAAUAGAAGAAAAGGAAAAUGAGGAGGAGCUCGUACAGGAAGAAUCCAAGAGCACUACAGAGUCCGAUCUUGUGCUUCCUACGGAAACAAAUAAACAAGAAAUUGAGGCCGCCGAAACUGAACAUCCAAAGGAAGACAGAUCAGCUACGACCCCAACUUCUUCCAUUGAAUUUGGUGAUGCUGAAGUUGAGGCUGAGGCUGGUGAUGCUGAAGUAAAGGUUAAAGCUGACGCUGACGCUGAAAUAGAAACCACCACUGAUGAAGCUAACGAUGGUACAAACACCGUUUCUCACAUUUUGAAUGUACUAAAAGAUGCCAAGCCAAUUGAAGAUCUCUUUUCAUUUAACUAUCCAGAAGGUAUUGAAGGUCCAGAUAUCAAGUAUAAAAAAGAACAUGUUAAGUACACAUAUGGCCCAACUUUCUUACUUCAAUUUAAGGACAAAUUAAAUGUCAAAGCGGACGCUGAAUGGGUUCAAAGCACUGCCUCUAAAAUUGUCAUUCCGCCAGGAAUGGGUAGAGGAAACAGGUCUAGGGAUUCCGGUAGAUUUGGCAACAAUUCUAGCCGUGGUCAUGAUUUUAGAAAUAAUUCUGUGAGAAAUAUGGAUGACAGAGCAAAUUCAAGAACCUCAUCAAAGAGAAGAUCGAAGAGAAUGAAUGACGAUAGGAGAUCCAAUAGAUCUUACACAUCAAGAAGAGAUCGUGAAAGAGGCUCUUACAGAAACGAAGAUAAGAGAGAAGAUGACAAACCAAAGGAAGAAGUUGCUCCGCUAGUUCCAAGUGCUAAUAGAUGGAUUCCGAAAUCCAAGGCUAAAAAGACCGAAAAGAAAUUCGCCCCUGAUGGAGAGACUGAACUGUUAGACAAGGAUGAAGUUGAAAGAAAGAUGAAAUCACUGCUGAAUAAACUUACUUUGGAAAUGUUCGAUGCUAUUUCAUCUGAGAUCUUAGCUAUUGCAAACAUAUCGGUAUGGGAAACAAAUGGUGAAACAUUGAAGGCUGUGAUAGAACAGAUUUUCUUGAAGGCCUGUGAUGAACCUCAUUGGUCUUCUAUGUACGCGCAAUUAUGUGGUAAAGUUGUUAAAGAGUUAAAUUCAGAUAUUUCGGAUGAAACUAAUGAAGGUAAGACCGGACCAAAAUUGGUCUUACAUUACUUGGUUGCUAGAUGUCAUGCAGAAUUCGAUAAGGGUUGGACUGACAAACUACCAACAAAAGAAGACGGUACCCCACUUGAACCUGAAAUGAUGUCUGAAGAGUAUUAUGCUGCUGCUGCUGCUAAGAGAAGAGGCCUAGGUUUAGUUCGUUUUAUCGGUUUCUUGUACCGUUUGAAUUUGUUGACUGGAAAGAUGAUGUUCGAAUGUUUCCGUAGAUUAAUGAAGGACUUAACAGAUUCACCAUCUGAAGAAACUCUAGAAUCUGUCGUUGAAUUGUUAAAUACCGUUGGUGAACAAUUCGAAACUGAUAGUUUCAGAACAGGCCAAGCUACAUUGGAAGGUUCACAGUUGCUCGAUAGCUUGUUCGGUAUUCUAGACAAUGUUAUUGAAACAGCUUCAAUUUCUAGUAGAAUCAAAUUUAAGUUGAUUGACAUCAAGGAAUUAAGGCAUGACAAGAAUUGGAAUAGUGACAAGAAGGACAACGGCCCUAAGACUAUUCAACAGAUCCAUGAAGAAGAAGAAAGACAACGUCAACUUAAGAACAACUCAAGAUCUAACUCAAGACGUACAAACAACUCCAGUAAUAGACAUUCUUUCAGAAGGGAUGCUCCUCCUGCAUCAAAAGAUAGCUUUAUCACAACCAGAACAUAUUCUCAAAGGAAUAGUCAAAGGGCACCCCCUCCAAAAGAAGAACCUGCUGUACCAACUUCUACUGCAACAAAUAUGUUUAGUGCAUUAAUGGGUGAAAGCGAUGACGAAGAAUAA